AUGCGCAUGGAGGGGCGCAAGUACAACAACCUGAGGCCUGAAGCAGUGGAGGCGUGGAUGUACCUGUGGAGGGCGACGCACGACCCCGUCUACCGGCAGUGGGGUUGGGAGGUCUUCCAGGCCAUUCAGACGCACUGCCGCGUGGACAAUGGCUUCGUGGGGCUCCUGGAUGCCUCCCAGAACCCUCCGCAACAGGACGACCUGCAGCAGAGCUUUUUCCUUGCCGAGACGCUCAAGUAUCUCUACCUCUUGUUCUCGCCGGAUGAUGUGCUGCCUCUCAACCAAUGGGUGUUCAAUACCGAGGCACACCCUCUCAAGAUUAUUUCAAGAGAUCUGUCAGCAUUAUUGCGCCACAUACACGAGUUUCUUACGAACAUUACGCUGCUCUUUAGCAUCAUGCGUCACCCGUCGCACGGCGACCGCUCGUCGCAUGGCGACCGUUUCUGGCGGCGCUCAUGCGACUUCAGCGGGCUUAGGGAGCCGCUGGUCAUGCCGACCUGCAUGCCGCAAUCGCCGCCGCAUCCUGCGCAGCUGCACAAGUGGGCGGACCGCACCGUGUACGCAAUUUGCGUGGCGCUUCUUUUCGGAUCGUUCUUCUUGGUCCACCACACCACCCGUCGCGAAGCGGACUCGACAGGCGGCGACUCGAAAAGAAUCGACUCAAUAAAGGCCAACUCGCCCUUUUUUAUUAGUAACAGCAGCAAUACGAGCGCCGAGGAACGAUUACAGCGCCGCGUGGCGAUAGCAUCUCUCUUCUACGAUAACGCGAAUUGCUCUAGCGAUAGCUCACGCUCCAUCACGUGGGCUCCGGAGAAAGACAAGUACCUUCUAGUCACGUGUACACACGGCCACGUGGCGGACCGCUUGGUGUGCUUGCAGCGGUAUGUGCUUGUAGCGGCGAUGCUGAAUCGCACUCUCGUCAUUCCCGAGGACGACUUGUGCGGCGAUGCGGCGCGUCAUCCCGCAAAUCACGGAGACACUACCGAUGUAACCCUCCCUCGUCGAACGGAUCGCAUGCCACCCUUCGUUUCAAGCAUCUCCGACUUUCCUCGUGCAAUACUCACCGACGCGCCUCGAUCGUACCGCGCGUCGGUGCUCUCUCUCGGGGAUCUGCGCAACUUAAACGCGUCCGACCUUCCUAUCGGAGCAGACAUCCCUUAUCGCGUAUUUCACCAGCUGCUUCUAUCGAACCUUGAGAAUAUUGAGCCCCCGACAGGCGUAAGAGACAGUUGCGUGUUUCCGUUGGAGCCGUCUCGCGAAGUUGUGACUCUAGCGGAUUGGUACCGGCGGGAGUAUAUCGGAGGUGACUAUGCCGCGUUGCGCCUGGAACGGAGAGACUGCGUCAGCGAACUGAGUCGAAGCAGCGCGGAAGAUUCGGAAGCAGCGUUAGCAAAGAGUGACGAGGUGCAAGGAACGAGUGGCGUCGAUGUGGGGGUGAAUGGGAAAGGAUAUCUUUUCGAAUCGGUGGUGGACACGUGGAGGCAGCAGGUUGGGCAGAAGGAUGGGCAGAGAAACGAAACCGAGCAGUCGGAACAGGAAUAUUUGCCCCUGGCUGAAAUUGCCUCGUUAGUGGGAGACUCGUUAGAGUCUCAAGGCAUCCGGGUGCUGUUUCUCAGCAGAAGUGGCGAAGAAGAUUGUGCAGUGGAUGCAGCCCUAAGAGCCCUGCUGUCUGCGCGCGGCAUUACAGUCAUGCGUCUACAGUCUGUUAUCGAAUCCUUCAAUAAGAAGCCCAACGGCGCUGGUAGUGGUGGUUGCAAGGAUGGUGACUGUGGGAGAGACAGCAACAAGAGGAGCGAGAACAGCAGCAGCAGGAGCAGCAGCAAGAUUGGCAGGAGCGAUGAUGGUGAUGAUGAGGGAGAGGAUGAUGAAGAGAGGGAUGAUGGGAGUACAGCAGCUACACCUCACCACCUGGAAACCUCAGCCGAUCAGGUUCAGGUGUCAAACCAGAUUCACAUGUGCAGCAUCAACCUGAUCAGCAUGCGUCUCGCGGUUUACAAGUAG